UGGCGGUUACUUAGACGAGCACCGUCCUCAUUUGUACGUCAGAGAAUUCAAAAAGAUACUUCUAUCUCAUUUUUCAUGGCAAAGAGAUUUCUAGCUAGGGUUUUACCGAUAGCUUCUGAUCAAUUUCCAAAUUGCAAUCUCGCAGUCGAAGCUAUAGAAAAGCUUUAUAUAGAUCGUGAACCAGAGGAAUUUGAAUCGUUAUCGAACAAUCCCUUGUUCGGUUUCUUGAAGAUCGAUCACUACCGAUUCCGAUCUGGGCGAUUAGAUUUGAUGACAAAAAUUACGAUUUGUCUCUUAUUGACGGUGGAGAAAAUUACAGGGUUUUACUCGUUCCUCAAAUUACCAUUUAUACCAAGGAGGUGUACACAACGUGGAACUAUCGGGUGUACACAAAGUCAAUUAUCUGAAACACUUAUGAGUAAAGUGGGAGAGUUCAGAGUCUAGUGUGACUAUGUGGGCUUACAUCAGAAAGGAAAGAAUUCUACAUACGUUCUUUCAGAUCACUUAAAGAACCAUUACGCUUGCAUAGAAUACAUAAAUACAUGCAUCAUAUCAUACACACACAUCAUACAUACAUGC